UGUCACAUUUAUUAAAAAGUUUAUAAACCAAAACAGUCAUUUAAUUAUAAUUUGUUAUUAAUUUUGGAAUACGUAAUAGAUAUGAAAACUUUAAUAGACGUUGAUUCAUUACGUACGGAUCAUGAAUCUGACGAACAAUGGGAAGUACGUAAAAGUUUCAUGUUGGAACACAAGGAUAGUUUCGACGAGGCUGAAUUGAUUACUUUGGCGCAAUUAUUCACUAAUAUAGAGUUUUUAGGAUGCAGAUACCCACCUUUAACUAUGAAGAGAGUUGCCAAAUUAGCUGAAAAGGUUUCAAAGAAAUACAAAGAGAGCCGUCAGAAUAAAUUGAAAAGAACAUUUGUACAAGCCAGUGAUGCUGCGGAACAGAAAGCUAAACGAACUUUCAAAUGAUUAUUUUAUAUUUACAGCACUGAUCUCUAUAGAUAGGCUAUUGCUUCGUAUCUUAAAUGCGUCUCUUUAUGUUACGUGUCCGUUAAUUCUAUCCUCACCACCGCUACAAAAUGGUGACGUUCAAGUAGGCACAAAAUAUCACGACUUAUAGCCACUCCAUUUAUAGAUGUCAGUGACUUGUAAUAUGAAAAAUUGGAUCUAUUGAAAAUAUUUUUUUUUAAAUUGUAAUUUAAGUGGCACAAUAAACUAGAAUAAAUUUACAA